AUGGCGGACUGGGCUCGCGCUCAGAGCUCCGGUGCCGUGGAGGAGAUUCUAGACCAGGCGAAUAGGCGGAGGGCUGAUAGCCUGGCCUCCAAGGUCACCAGGUUCAAAUCGCUGGCCCUGGACAUCAAUAGGGAUACGGAGGACCAGAACCGGUACCUGGACGGCAUGGGCUCAGAUUUCAUGAGCAUGAUAGGCCUGCUCACAGGGAACGUGAAGCGCUUUUCCACGAUGGUGCGGUCUGGGUGAGACAACUGGAAACUGCUGUGGGGCGUGGGGGGCCUGAUCGUGGUCUUCUUCAUCCUCUCCUACCUCCUGUGGAGAGCAGGGACAUGA